AUAUACGCAAAUUGGUAGACCCUAUCUACAAGACACUUGGAUGGGAAGACGGCGAUAAGCACAUGAACAAUAUGCUGAGAAGAGUCAUAUUGGACCUGGCAUGCCGAAAUCUGCAUCAAGAGUGUCUCAAAGAAGCAAAACGACGUCUCUCAGCUUGGGUCGAUGGUGUUCAGGAAGUGCCAAGGAAUAUUAGAGGUAUUGUUUACCGCUAUGGAAUUUACCAGAGCAGUGGAGACCAUGAAUGGCAGUUCAUGUGGGAAAAAUACCUCAAGGAAGUCUCAGCUCAAGAAAGGAUUAACCUGCUCUAUGGCCUUGCCCAUGUAAGGAGUCCACCACUUAUCCACAGAUAUCUGGCUUAUGCAAUGAAUGAAAGCUAUGUGCGUAGGCAAGAUUUUUUUAGUGUGCUUUCCUUCCUUGCUGGAAACCCAGUUGGCCGUGAUAUUGUUUGGAAAUUUGUGCGAUACAAGUGGGACAGGCUUGUUCACAGGUUCUCACUGAAUGACCGCAACUUUGGAAACGUUGUGAAGACUAUAUGUGAUUAUUUCACAAAGCAGUUUGAUUACAAUGAGAUGCAGGCUUUUUUCCACAAGAACCCAAAUGCUGGUGCAGGCAAGAGAGCUCGAGAGCAAGCCCUGGAGAAUGUGCGCAACAACAUAGCAUGGAUCAAACAUCACGAGCCAAGUGUGGCACGAUGGCUCACCACCAACGUCAUUCCAGAACCCUGGGAAAACAUGCGUUUGCCUCGCCAUGUGAUGCCUGCAAGUUAUGACAUCACACUCGAACCCAUUCCUACAGAAAAUGUAACAGUGGGCUCUAGCACAACUAGGAUCACAGUGGUGAAGGCUACCAGUGUUCUUCUGGUGCAUGCAAAAAAUGUCAACAUUACCAGAACAAUUGUUAUGCGCCACAAGCGUGAAACUUUUGAAGAAGUCCCCCUGCGCAACGAGCCUUUUUUGUACAUAGAGAAUGACUACUGGGUCAUACAGACCAGGAACAUUCUCCCUCCAGGAGGUUAUGUGCUCAAAUUUGAGUUCAGUUCUUCCAUGCUCAACUACCUAAGUGGCAUCUACAAGACAAGCUACUGGGAUGAAGCAUCCAAAAGCAACAAGUUUAUGAUCACUUCACAAUUUCAGCCCACAUUUGCUCGCAUGGCAUUUCCUUGCUUUGAUGAACCAGGAUUCAAAGCAAAUUUUACUAUAACUGUCAUCCACGACGCUACAAUGAAGGCUAUAUCUAAUAUGCCUGUUGACAAGAUUCGCAUGCUGGAUGACACCAGAGUCGCAACACGAUUCCAAGAAUCUCACAAGAUGACAACUUAUCUUGUGGCUAUAGCUGUCUGUGACUUUGGCUACAUAUCAGGAAACACAUCAAGCGGCACACCGGUGCGAGUUUUUGCCCGCCAGGAGAUGCUUCCUCAUGCAAAUUAUGCACUCGCAGCCACCAUUCAAGUUUUGGAACUUUUUGAAAAUCAGUUUGCUAUAAGAUUUCCCCUUCCAAAGCUAGACAGCAUUGCCAUUCCGGACCCCCAAGCAGCUGCUAUGGAAAACUGGGGCCUGGUCAUGUACAGCGAAUGCAUGAUGCUCUACAACCAAAAUACGACAUCUGUCUCUGAUCACUACAGCACAGUAGAAGUUAUAUCUCAUGAACUGGCACAUAUGUGGUUUGGAAACCUUGUCACAAUGAAAUGGUGGGAUGAUUUAUGGUUGAAUGAAGGAUUUGCGACUUAUAGCUCACACAAAGGAAUCGAACUCGUUGAGCCUACAUGGGAUGCAGAGACACAGUUUCUGUUGAAGCUAAUAUCAGGGGUCCUUGAAAAAGAUGCAGUCUUAAGUUCCCAUCCGAUUGUUAUGCCAGUCACCCAGCCAAGCGACAUCACGGAGAUAUUUGAUGUUAUAUCCUACAGCAAGGGGUCAGCUGUUAUCAGAAUGCUGGAAUCCUUUAUGGGGACAGGAGACUUCAUACGAGGACUUCAGAAUUACCUAAAAGGUCGAAAGCGCAGCAGUGCUGUAACACUGGAUUUAUGGAAAGCAUUGGAAAGUGUUUCAUCAAAACAUCAACACAUAACUACCAUCAUGAACACUUGGACAAGACAGAUGGGCUACCCAUGUGUGUCAGUCAGACGGCUGCAUAGCAACUUUAGCCAGUAUGAAGUCGUCCAGCAGAGGUUUCUGUUGAACCCCGAUGAUGCAGCGAAUCUCACCAAUGAUUCACCAUUCAGGUAUACAUGGGAAAUCCCUUUGAGCUAUAAGACUUCUGAAGGAAAUGAAGGACUUUACUGGCUGAAGACUAAGAAACCAGAAAUCAUUAGCCUACCCAUCAACAAAGACAGCUCGUGGGUAAAGUUUAAUAGUGAAUUCAAAGGAUACUAUCUCGUGAAAUAUGACGACAGUGAACUAAAGACAUUCUCUCAGCUUCUACUGGAGAAUCAAACACAGUUGUCUGCUUCCGACCGGGCGGAGCUCCUUCUGGAAACAUUUCUGCUGGCACGAGCUGGCAUGGUGCCUUAUUCUGCUGCGAUGGAUCUCACCAAGUACCUACGGCGUGAGCGACAUUUCAUACCUCUUAUGGUAGCAUCCAGGGUCUUCCAGCACAUUGCUAUGUGUCUCAGAGGGCAUCCAGAGAAGGUCCUUUUUCUGGAGUAUGUGAAAUACAUAAUGGAAGAAGCUUUUGAAGAGCUCAUGUGGAAGGACAGGGGCGAUCACUUGACAAAACGAGCACGGGAAGUGGUUCUGCAUUUAUCCUGCUUCAGCGGAGACAGGGUUUGCCUCAGAAAUGCUGGAGAGCUGUUGGAGGCCUGGCUUGCAGGUGCUACGAUCCCACCAAACCUUCGGGAGCUUGUGUAUAUCUGGGGAAUGACUGCAAGUGGAAAUGAAACAGUAUGGGAAGCCAUGUACUUAAGAUACCAAAACGAGGUGCUGCCAGCAGAAAGGAAAAGUCUCAUAAAAGGACUAGCAAGCAUUGAUAAUAAAACUGUCAUAGAAAGGCUUCUGACAUUGUCCCUAGAUGACUCUAUCAUCAAGAGAGCAGACUUUACUGUCCUCGUGGAGCACCUUGCAACCAGAGACUUUGGCCUCUCAUUAGCUUGGGAUUUUAUAAGGAAUAAUUGGGAGCUCCUUGCAUCAAGGUACUCCUCCGAUGAAAGACAGCUGGGAGCAGUAGUGUUUUCUGUGUGUAAACAUUUCACAACACAGGAACAGCUUGAGAAGGUGGAGCAAUUUUUCGAAGAAUAUCCUGAAGGGGGGAAAGGAAAAAGAACUAGCCUCCAGGUGCUUGAGACAGUUAGAGCAAAUAUUCGCUGGCGAAACUUCUUUGCAACAGCAGUGCUCACCUGGGUGAAAGAAUACCAAUAUGUGCCAUGGGAAAACCUACGGCUCCCAGCCCAUGUCAUGCCUGUCCACUAUGACCUUCAGAUCCAGCCCUUCCUGGACUUGCACACAUUUCAGGGCCAAGUGGAUAUCCAAGUGGAGCUCCUCAAACCCAUCAAGAGCGUUCACGUACAUGCCAGGAAUCUCAGCAUUACAUCUGCUUUCAUGACAGAUGAGUCAACAAAGAUGAUGGUUCCUCUGUCUGGCACAUUUGUUCAUGAACCAAAUGAGCUUUAUGUGAUGCAGUUGGGAAAUAUUGCUGAUGUUGGGACUUACAGUUUACAUUACGAGUUCAAAGGCAUUCUGUCCAGAGACCUGCGGGGAUUCUACCUGAGCAGCUACCCUGUUGGAGCCAAUGAAACAAGGUACCUUGCAACCACACAAUUUGAACCCACAGAUGCUAGGAAGGCAUUUCCUUGCUUUGAUGAACCAAGAUUUAAAGCAACAUUUAGCAUCAAGAUAAUCCACGAUCCUGAAUACAUUGCUCUCUCCAAUAUGCCUGUCAUGGGCAAAGAGAUAACAACAACAGGCCUGCAAGUCACACAGUUUCAAAAGACUGUAAAAAUGACAACUUAUUUAGUUGCAUUGAUUGUUUGUGAUUUUCAUAACAUUUCUGGAAACAGCUCGAAUGGCAUAGAGGUGAAAGUUUAUGCCAGAGAAGAAGAAAUUGAUAAAGCUCAUUACGCACUUCGAGCUGCGCUGAAAAUUUUAACCUACUUCGAGGAGUAUUUUGGAAUAAGGUAUCCAUUGCCCAAACUAGAUUUAAUUGCCAUUCCCGACUUUUCAUCUGGAGCAAUGGAAAACUGGGGAUUAAUCACAUUUCGAGAGGCUCGACUUCUCUAUGACCCGGCGACAUCAUCGACCUCUGACCUAAUGACAAUAUGUCGUAUCAUUGCACAUGAAAUCGCCCACAUGUGGUUUGGAAAUCUGGUUACAAUGGAAUGGUGGGAUGACCUUUGGCUCAAUGAAGGCUUUGCCAGCUACAUUCAAUACAAAGGCAUGGCUUAUGCUAGUCCUGAGUGGGAACCUGAUGCUUUGUUUACAAAUGUUUUAGCUGGUGUUCUUGAAGCAGAUUCUGUGAUAUCUUCCCACCCAAUUAUACAACAUGUUAAUAACCCAAGCGAAAUAUCAUCACUCUUUGAUGUGAUAUCGUAUGCGAAGGGCUCAUCAGUCCUUCGCAUGUUAGAAGACUUCAUGUCAAAAGAUGACUUUCGGUAUGGCAUUGCUAAAUAUCUGAAAAAGCACAAGUUUGCAAAUACUAUCACAUUUGAUCUCUGGGAUGAACUUGAGGCAUCAUCAUCUAGUGGCUUGAGCAUAACUAGUAUCAUGGAAAGCUGGACCAAGCAAAUGGGAUUUCCUCUUGUUUCUGUGGAAAGAAAUGGAAACAGUUUCAGUGUGAGACAGUCACAAUUUUUGAUAGAUCCGGACACUGCCAUGAACCGCAAGCCAACACCAUUUAAGUACAUUUGGAAAAUUCCCCUCACAUACCAGACCAGUGAAGGCAGAACAGGACUGCUUUGGUUGACAAAACCGCAGCAAACGUUCAAACUCACAGUUUCUGAAAAUGCAUGGGUUAAAUUCAACAACAACAUGACUGGAGUCUUCUUUGUGAAGUAUGACAAAAAGAACUUUCUUUUACUUGAAGACGUACUUAAACGGGACAUUAAUGCUUUUACUCCAAGUGACAGGGGAGAGCUACUGGCAGAAGCCUUUUUCCUGGCUAGAGCAGGCCAUCUGAGCUACAUGUCUGCCCUAAAUCUGAGCAGAUACAUUGUCCAGGAGAACCAUUAUGUCCCAUGGUCAAUAUUUUCCACAGCAACUUCCUUCUUGCAUCAUCGCCUCACUGGCACCGAGACUGGAAAGCAUUACAAGGCAUUUAUCAGAAGUUUACUCACUGAAGCUCUCAAAGGUGUUAAGUUUAGUGACACAGGAACUCAUUUAGAAAGGCUAAGGAGGGCAGCUAUAUUCAGGGUCGCUUGCAGAUGCGGUGAGAAAAGUUGUCUCCAUGUUGCCAGUCAUGCUUUCAAAACUUGGCUGAAUGGAGAAUCGCUUGAACCAAAUUUCAAGAACAUUGUAUUUCAUUAUGGCAUGAGGCAAAUCGGCGAUGAAAGCACAUGGCAGCAAGUAUUUGAAAAAUACCUUCGAGAGCCUAACCAUGCAGAAAAAAUUAAAAUAAUGACCGGUCUUGGACAAGUUCAGGAUGAAGUUAUACUCUCCAGAUACCUCAACUUUACUUUUGAUGAAACAAAGAUAAGAGGUCAAGAUAUUGCUACAGUUUUUGGGACAGUUGUAAGUAACCCCAAGGGGCAUGAUCUUGCUUGGAACUUUUUAAGAGAAAACUGGAACUCCAUAAUCUACAAGUUUGGCAAGCAUUCUCGCAUACCAGGAAAAUUGCUUCGUGUUGUCUGCAGUGAUUUCAACACUCCUGAGAAGAUGCAGGAGAUCAAAGAGUUUCUCAAGGAGCAUCCUGAAACAGAUAUGACAAAACAGCCUCGGAGAGAAUGCCUCCAAGAUGUGGAAAACAACAUCAAAUGGAUAUCAAAGUUUGAGCCAAAAGUUGCAGAGUCUUUACGUGGAUUGCUCAGUUGACCGCUGUAGCUCUGCAAGCAGUUGAUGACUUUACACUAAGCCAGUGUCUAAGGCUACAAGAAAAUUUGAAACAAAUAUCUCAUUUGAACUUUACUCUGUUGAGUGAUGCAGAAUGAACGGCAUGCAUAGACACACUGUGAUUGACAAAAUUUUUUGAUGUACAGUUCUUUAGAUAUAACUGAUGAUGAAAUGGGGAAACAUGCGAGAGCUUAGGUGUGAGUCAAAGAACAACUGUUUUCUUACCAAAGUGAUUUUACAGGAGUCAUGUAAAUAGUUAUUUGUACAUACAGUAUUUUAUUGUGAAAUAUUAUCUUGUUUCAUUUUCUAGAGUAUACAUGCAUAUAUUCAUAUAGUACAACAUUUGCAUUUCAAGUUGCCACUAUUGUGUGUAUUGUAGCAAAGUAAGCUGCCAUGAUUGUGUGACUGCCAGAUAUACACGAUUAAAUUGUAAACAACUUGCACAACUUGCGUUUCAUAUUUCAUGAACAUUACAUUCCUUUUCACGUUAAUGGACACUUACUAUAAACUAUGGGCAUAAAUCAUACUUAUAUCAUACUUAUAAAUCAUACUUAUAAAUCAUUGCCCUAUACCAAGACUUCUCACAACAUAAAAAUUUCAAUGAAAUCACAGGCAUGGUUUCCCAUUCGUUAAAUUCAAGCCAUUUGUGAAAGACAGUUCUGUGUAUCUGAAGAUGUGCUUUUUAGAGAAAAUGAAAAUGUAAAUCCUAGCAUUCAAAGUCAUUUGAAUGUAGUGUGGGAUGUGUGCCGGGCAAAACAUUGAUAUUAUCUGUUUGAACCUAGGUGCUGUUAGUAACACUGUGAUGAUACGUUCAGUGUGACAAAAGAACAUGUAAAGGGGCACAUUAAUACUAAAGCUAUUUAUAAUGCAGUAUUUUUAUAGGAUAGUUCUAUCAUUUUCACACAUCAUAAUUAAGUAAUACAAAAAAUGUGUGCUCAGGUAUGGGCACUCUUAGUGCAAUGUUUUGAAUUUUGGGGGGUAGACUCUCUUUUUUCUUCAUUGAAUAUCAUUUGUUAACUUUCUGUGCAAGGGUUAGUCAAUAUAUGAGCCACACAAUGGAGAUAGAAAAAAAUAAUUGUCAGUAAAUUGCUGCAUGUGUAGGCAUGCUUCAACAUAAUUUUAUCCCAAUUCGGAAACAUGUCCCAUCAUUAUAUGCGUAGGUUUUUUAAACCCUGUAGUAAAUGACACUCAUAGGUUGCUUUUACAGUCACAUUCGGCACAAUCAAUAGUAGUUACAUACUUUUUCGAACCUUGUACUUUAUUUGAGUCAGUCAUUCAAUGUGCUGGAGUUGGGUUAUGAAUUGAACCCAAACUAUACAGGCCCCGUGUCUGUCAUCACAUGUCUUUCAUCACAUACCAGUUGCUUCCAUAUGCUAUGAUAUGGUCUUAUAUUGACAUGCAUGGGAUGACAGUGAUGUUCCUCGUCUGUGAUGUUGUUUCUUUCAUUUUUGAUUGUGCACCCUUCACCAUACACUGAGAGCAUUUCUCUUAGCAUUUUCUGUCUCGCCAGUCUUUAGGCUUGAAGGAGGUGCCAAUUUGAGCGCUGCUGUCCUACACUAAUGCAACAUAUCUGCUAUCUAAACUGGCUGCAGCUGAGUUACUGUGGUGGCAGACUUCAUGGGUGCCAUUAUUUAGCAGCAAAAGGUUUAAACUUCAAGUAGCUUUGUGUCUGAAAAUUUGUGACUUGUAUAUUGACUCACCCUCAUAAAUACAUGCUAAUGCAUUGCAUUAACCCUGUGUCUAGUCUAAAUAGAAACCAUAUCAACCAUUGGUACACUUUAUACGGUACUAUAACAGUUGCUCUUCAAAACUGAAUGUUCUGUAACAUCUGAAGGUUGGCUGGGUAAUAAUUCCAAGCCUGCAUAAUGAUUGCCAUUGUUCAUGGCACUGUGGUCAAAGAGUACAAUUGUCAAGUGGCUGUUGUGGACUGCCCUAACCCCUCCCAUCUGCCAAGUACUUCCAACACCCUUGAAUGUGCUUGCAUAUGUUAUACAGCUCAGACUGUCCUUUAAUUCAUUUGAGACAAGCUGACUUCACUCCUUCAUUACGGGCCAUAUGGCACCUACUGCUGCUUAUUCUAUCAUGCAGUUCUGCUCAUAUAUAUAUAUAUACACAGCCUACAGCACCUUACAACAAAAGUUGACCUCAUGGAAGUAUUAGAUGCUGAGAAAGACAAGGUUGUUAGUCAAGCAAAUAUAAUAGGAAGGGUGUCAAACAACUUACUUGUGCUUUAGUCUUGAGGGAUGCUGUGUCUGCUUUGCAAAUUUUUUUAGCCUCUAACAUGUAUUCAACAUUUGAACCUCGAUGUAAUUAAUGUUGGCACGGUGAAAUUUCAGAGUGUACAUGCAGGAAGUGUCAGCAAUCGUGCAAGUCAUGCUCUGACAGAUGCUGCUACCUGUUUUGACUCACAGAGCACCACAGAGUGUGGCACACUCCAGCAAAUACAUGCAGUAGUGCAAACAGAUCAAAUUAAAAUGGUAGAAUCAGACAUUUCUUUGGAAAAAGCUAGUAAAAUUUGCCAAAGGGCAGUUUCUUUAUAGGUAAAAUAGAUUGUAAUGCAUACUCUUUUUUUUAUUUCCUAUGGUUGACUACAAUUUGCCAAUUUUAAACGCACCGUUAUACAUCGUAGGAGUUGGUACCAUAUUUUCAAGGCAGCGUAGUCGAUCCUGUCCUAUGUUCACAUAAUUUUCUUACUUAUGAAAGCUAUGCCCUCUGUAAAGGUGAUGCUUUGGGCAUCUUGGAAUCCUAAUCUAUCACCAGGCUUAGCUUAAUAUUUGCAUCUAAAUCACCUUAAAAAAAAUUUUCAUAUACGAGGAGAUACAAGAGUGAACAAGAAGGUGCAGGCACUGAUUUGCUGCUGCUUGCAUAAUCUUACAUCGUAGUACAUAUUACGUCAGGUAAACAGCAACAAAUAGGUCAUAUACUUGCGCCAUUGUCACAUUCACUUCACGUUGGAGUAAAACACAGGCACAUGAAUUUCAACUCUUGUCUUAUAUUCAUGCCCAUAGCAACUCACAAUUUUUAUAGUUCCGCAAGGAGCAUCCAGUGUUCUUGUAUUUCAGAGUUUAGUGCAUUACCGCUGAAAUUUUCAUGUUUAUUUGCUCUGGGGGAAGAAGCAAUUAUGGGACAGUCUGUCUGGUGUGAACCCUUUGCAAUACAUUCAUGACUGCUUUCCUGCAUAGAAAAAAAUUAUCAUGGUGAGGAAGUUCGUACUGCAGUGAAAGCCAGGUGCAUUAUGGUGUUACAUAACGCAUGGUCAUUUCCUGCAGACUUGUGGUGAUCAUGAUCAUGCAGACCUGUUGUGAUCAUCCAGUGAAUGAAUUUUUGCUGUUCAGGGACACUAAUUUGGAUGCACUGCAUAGUUUCCUUCUAUAAAACAUGGGUCCUUCCUUACCUCUCUAAAAAUGUGCAUGCAGUGAAUAACAUCGUCUGCUCACAUUUAGCUUAUUUGUGAACGUUUAAACCAUACAUCACACAGUCUAAUAUUUAUGUUUAUUUGUACCCAGUGAAGACUGCCUACAAACAGGCUGCCGUCCCCGUGACAGCUCAAUGUGCCAAAGCGAAAACUAUGGCAGCUGUGAAUAAAGUGGCUUAAAAUCAUUUUUCUAAUCUUUUGUACUAACAGUAGAUGAAGUUGCCAAGAAAUGCUGAACUUGUCUGGAAAGGUUAUCUUAAAUAGCGUGCGAGCCAAUUUCAAUCUAGAAUGACAAGUCACUUUGAUUAAAUUGUUUUCUUAUGCUACAAAGUUACUUCAUAUUGCAAUGUUCCUUCUACUACAUUAGUUGGUAUACUUGUCAUUCCUUCAGAGUUUCUCAGUGUAUGACAUGUUUAACUGCAGUGAAGUUGAAGUUGGUGUAGCUUUAUCGGAAACUAAAAUGUACUACAACAUGUCCUCAUUUGUGAUCAGCUUCUGCUUUCAGGUUUCUUGUUUUGUCAACAACCAUAAAAUUAUUUUGUCUGUGCGCUCCUGUUAGAAUAAAGAAAUUUGAUGCGAUAUAUUUGCAUGUUUGAUGUGAAAUGGCAAGCCUUUAGUCAUGUUUUGGUGUCUUCAAUAUUUAAAAUUAAAAUGAUAUGUCACUGAAA